AUGACACCUAUAGAAGCCAGUAAAAAGAAGAAUGAAAGUACCGUGUAUUUUAAUCUAUAUGAUGAUGUGGAGCAAUUGUCAUCUAAGCCCAAAUUUAAGAUUGGCGAUAAAGUCAGGAUAAGUAAGUACAAAAGAAAAGUAUUUGACAAAGGCUACACAGUUAAUUGGACUGAAGAGAUAUUCCUAAUUGAUAAAAUCCAAUCCACAAAUCCAAUUACCCAUAGAUUAAAGGAUCUCAACAACGAGGAGAUACAAGAGAGCUUUUAUGAACCGAAAUUACUGAAGGCAACACAAGAUAUAUUCCGCAUUGAUAAAAUCAUUCGGAGAGAUUACAAGAAGAAACAAGCUCUUGUGAAAUGGUUGGGAUAUAGCGACGACUUUAAUUCCUGGAUUCCGCUGAGCAGCUUACAAGAUUUAUCUAACUAA